CCUCACGCUUAACGCUGACGUCGACUUCUGCAGCAAAAUGGCGACGUUGACAGAAGCCGUGCAGGGGCCGCAAAAAGACCAGUGUAAUUCCAAAAAACUCCCUGCUAUGAAAACUCAGAGGAGACCGCGGCUUCUGGACAGUAUCAUGCUCGUGUUUAUGUGUUUAGCUGCGUUUAUGCACGGUGCGUUUGCGGAUGGGAAGACGCUGGUUCUGCUGGACAACCUCAACAUCCGAGACACCCAUUCAAUCUUCUUCCGCAGUCUCGCAGAUCGUGGUUUUGACCUCGCAUUUAAAACGGCCGAUGACCCCUCCCUCUCUCUGAUCAAAUAUGGACAGUUUCUGUAUGAUCAUUUAGUAAUCUUCUCACCGUCAGUAGAAGACUUUGGGGGAAAUAUUAAUGUGGAAACCAUUACCUCCUUUAUUGAUGGUGGCAAUGUUCUGGUUGCUGCCAGCUCAGACAUCGGGGACCCUCUGAGGGAGCUGGGCAGUGAGUGUGGAAUUGAAUUUGAUGAAGAAAAAACUGCUGUCAUUGACCACCAUAACUACGAUGUGUCUGAUCCUGGAGAGCAUACUCUGAUUGUUGCUGAUCCAGAAAAUCUUUUGAAAGCUCCCACUAUUGUUGGCAAACCUACCAACAAACCAGUCCUCUUUAAAGGAGUGGGCAUGGUGGCAGACCCUGAAAACCCUCUGGUCUUGGACAUUCUUACUGGCUCUUCAACAUCCUACUCCUACUUCCCUGAUAGACCAGUUUCUCAGUAUCCCCAUGCUGUUGGAAAGAAUACUCUGCUGAUUGCCGGACUCCAGGCUCGCAACAAUGCUCGAGUAGUUUUCAGUGGUUCUCUGGACUUCUUUAGUGACGCUUAUUUCAACUCUGCUGUGCAAAAGGCGAGGCCCGGGUCCCAGAGGUUUGAGGAGAACGGAAACAUGGACCUAGCUGAAGCUUUGUCCCGGUGGGUGUUUAAGGAGGCUGGGGUCCUCAGGGUGGGAGCUGUCACCCAUCACCCAGUGGGAGAGACCACUCCUCCUGCUGCAUACACCAUCACUGACCUCGUGGAAUACAGUAUUGUGAUUGAGAUGCUGUCUGAAGGCCGGUGGGUUCCCUUCGAUGGAGAUGAUAUUCAGCUUGAGUUUGUGAGGAUUGAUCCUUUUGUCAGGACUUACCUUAAGAAGAACGGAGGUAAAUACAGUGUACAGUUUAAGCUACCAGAUGUUUAUGGAGUCUUCCAGUUCAAAGUGGAUUAUAAUCGGCUGGGAUACACACACCUUUACUCAUCCACUCAGGUGUCCGUGCGGCCCUUACAGCACACUCAGUAUGAGCGGUUCAUCCCCUCCGCGUUUCCAUAUUACGCCAGUGCCUUCUCCAUGAUGAUGGGCCUCUUCAUCUUCAGCAUCGUCUUCCUCCACAUGAAAGAGAAGGAAAAGUCAGAUUAAAAGAAACUAGUGAAAAGAGGGGAGAUUAUACAAGAUGAAUAUGUUCUCUUCAGGCAGAGGACAUGGACUGCAGUUUUUUGUACUGGAUUUGAACUUGGAUUUACAUUCAAUGAUUGGUUGUGCUUUUUCUACUUUAAACCUUAACUAAAAGUUGUCCUGAAUACAAUUUGUCUGUACAAAAUUUGCUUUAUGUUAAAAGUAAAGCUAAAGAGCAGUAAAAUUAUUUAAAUGUUCACUGUUUUUUACCAGGGGGAGGAUUAUUGUGACAACAAGAUGCACUGAAUAUACCAACGGAGUUGAAAAUUUAAUGUGUCCAUUGAAGUUGGUGUCAUCUGAACAAUAAAAAUGUUUUGGACAUUCCA